UAUAAUCGCGUACUGAGAACUCAAAUCCGAUCUCGUAAUUCGCGGAAUUCAUAUAUACGACAAUUAACUUGGAAUCCGGACCACUGACCGCUUACAUUACCGAUAAGCUCGACUGUGGGAUGUAUUAAUAAAGGCGUUGGCAAUGUUAUUCCCAGUCAGUUCGUGCUUUAUUAUAGAUGCAAGUAAUGGGAACUGGAGCAGUAAGGCUCCUACUUUUACUGACCCUCGGCUGUGUGAAAGUGCUGGGCCAGCCAUAUUUGCUGGACCCACAGUGCGUAUCAGCUAGAUCUGAGCCAGGACACUAUCGUGUGAUUAAUGGCAGAGCUGCAGACUUACUUUCCAAUCCCUGGAUGGUAAUUAUCAUCGAGCGCGGAAUGAUGAAGUGCGGAGGAUCGCUGAUCGCACCACGAUAUGUAUUGACAGCUGCGCAUUGCAGAAGCGAAACCAAUCGGCAAUUAACAGUGCGCUUGGGGGAGUAUGACGUGAAUCAGCCAUUCGAUUGCACGAAUUAUGGCUGCAUUCCCCGUCCCAAGGAAAUCAAUGUGACAAGAACAUUUGUGCAUGGGCAUUUCAACGAUUUCCACAGUAAUGAUAUUGCUCUUCUCAGACUGGAAACGGCUGUUCAGUACGGAGAGCACAUAAGGCCGAUCUGCAUGGUUAUGGGGGAUUCGAACUGGUCGAGGAAUAUACUGAAGAAUAUAUUGCAGUUCAACACCACAGGCUGGGGUCGCACGGAAGCCCGAACAAAUAGCAGAUGGAUCACACCCACAUAUGUGUGGGGAGCAGCACAAGUUCUACGUGCAGUGGAGAUUCUGGAGGUCCCCUAACGGCCAGGCUGCAAUUCGGGCGCGAGAAAAGGGUCAUCCUCUUCGGAGUGGUCAGCUAUGGGCCAGGUCACUGUUUUGGACCCACUGUCUUCACAAAUGUACUUCCUUAUUCGAGUUGGAUCGAGUGGC